UUUUUUCACGGAGUUGUACUCAUGAAUUUUGCGGCAACCUGGAAACUCAGAUAGAGCAUGGGAUUGUCCAGGUGUGUGGCGACCUGGGUCUUAGUCACAGUACUUCUCCUGUUCCUUAACAAGGGAGGCGAUGCGACAGUCGAAGAUGAGAUUGUGGCAGCCCAAAGGAAGUGUCUGGCGCAAAUGUCAAUCAGCACCCCUCCCGAACCAAAUGGCACGUACUGUCCUCAGGAGUGGGACGGGGCUUUCUGCUGGCCUUACGGCACACCGGGCGAGAGGGUCGGCGCAGAAUGUCCUCCUUUCUUCCGAAGUCCAGGACAUGCGUAUAGACAUUGUGGACUUUCUGGCAACUGGACGAUUAACAGAUUAACCAACAAACCGUACCUAAACCACACGGAAUGCACAAAAAUACCGCAUGACGAACCUGCUAUCCCGAAACACGUUAUAGACAACGUGACGAAAAUCUACACCAUUGGAUACUCCAUCUCACUGGUGUCACUCUUCAUAGCGUUCAUCAUACUGGCUCGCUUUAAAAGGCUACACUGCACGAGGAACUACGUCCACAUGCACCUCUUCGUGUCCUACAUGUUACGGGCCUUCUUCAUUCUCCUCCGGGACGCUGUUCUCUAUUCUUACGACACCAACAACUCAACACCUGUUCCAAGGAAUACGGUCGGCUGUAAACUACUGUAUACCUGCUUCAUGUACUUCAUGGCCACCAACUACUUCUGGAUCCUGGUGGAGGGACUAUACCUCCACAACCUCAUCUUCGUCUCCGUGUUUUCUGAGAGGAAGUUCUUCUACGGAUUCAUCGCUAUUGGCUGGGUGUUUCCUCUGACGUUUGUCGUCCCCUGGGUGGUGGUACGAGCUACAAUGGAGGACACUGGAUGUUGGGACACCGAUACGGUCUACAAAUGGAUCUACAAGGCACCUAUUGUGGUCUCAAUUGUGGUCAACUUCCUUUUAUUCCUGAAUAUCCUGAGGGUACUUGUAAAGAAGCUACGUAUGCCGGCUGAUGCGGCCGCUCAAAACAGCAAAAAUUGCUGGAACUGUUGCUUUCGGCGGCCAGCACAACAGAACGGUGGAUCUAGCCACCGCAAUGGAGGACGGAGGAAUAGUGUUCAGCUUCAGAUGCCGAUGAAACUGGCCAAGUCUACGAUGGUUCUCAUCCCACUGUUCGGAGUCCACUACAUUGUGUUUGUGGGCAUGCCUGAUGACACCAAGGGGCUGGCACAAGAGAUCAGACUCUACUUCGAACUCUUCUUCAACUCAUUCCAGGGUUUCUUCGUCUCCAUUCUCUAUUGCUUCUUAAACGGAGAGGUCCGUGCUGAGUUUAAGCGCAGAUGGGAGCGCUGGAAGCUCGCCAGGAACAUUAACUCCAGAGGGGGGAAUGUUAGCCGAGCUCCUCUCAGCUUCACAGCCGUCACGUCAAUGGGAUACAGCCACAGUCCCAGUGUCAACUCCAUGCGUAACGGGACUCCCCCGAGUGCUGGCAGUUCGCCCCCUAACGGAUCUCCCUGGAACGGCAGACCGCACCACCCCGAGGAAGAUCUAGUUCCAGACAUCGCCCUGAAAAAACUUGCGACCUUCAGCGACGAAAAUUCUUCUCCGAUUGACGAACAGGACAAGUGUUCGGAGAGCUCCGCGCUGGUUAGGAAAACUAGUACCGCCUCAGAAAUGGAGUCAAAUGUGUAACCUUUUGCCAACUACCCUGUGGCGUGCUUCUUGUCAUAUAAACCAUAUGUACUUGCUAUGUGUGCCAAGUAACAAACAUUUCAAGCUCAGGACUCCUUUUAACUUCGCCAAGAAGGUUGUAUUUUCAGUUCUGCCUUGGAGGAGCUGUGUGGUUUGUGUAUGUAGAUGAGUAGCGAUCAUAAAACGAAGCGAAAAUAAGGACAAGUUCCAAAUGUUUCAACUGGCGUUUUCCCACGGUACUGCAGCGGGUUGUGUAUGAAUAGGUGUUAACGUUUUCUCUCUGUUUCACUGCCGUUUUGUUAAGCAUAUUUUGCUGCUUAUUUGGGUAAGUAUCAAUAUCUAUACCAUGUACAUAGUAGACAACAUACGUGAACAUUCCCUCUUCGUAAGCUGUAUUUUGAUGGUUCCAUUUUGGGCUUGAUAAGGCCCCCAUUCCAAUAGAUUGCGAUCACACUGCAACCUCGGUGCGACCUAAAUUGUGUAUUGACCUCAUGAUUGGAAUAUCAUGUUAAACGUAUGAUUUAAAAGGCAAAACAUAGACAACGUAAAAAGACUUUUUAUCUAUGAAAUUCGUUGAGCGAUUGUCAAAUCGCAGUCGCCGCUCUAAUGAAAUUUGGCUGUCCAUAUACUAGUAAGCUGUAUAACCUCUUUAUUUACACAUAUGUGUAUAAUAAAAAUGUUAUACAAUGUCAUGUAGUUUCUUUGUUGAGACAUAUGCCAUUGUGUUCAGAACGUAAUACAAUGUUUGUCCCCUUGGUAUCAAAGUUUAGUGUUAAGGUGGGGUCACACAUGCGUAUAUAUUCAAGUCCGUUUGAGGUGCGUAUGACGCCCUUAGUCUCUACCAGGCUCCACUGGUCACGGG